CUUCCCUCUUGUCUCUGGUCGAGCUGCUAGCCGUCGGUGUGUGUUGUUGUUGAAGCAAUGAUGGCGGCAGCGGGAUGCGGAUCAGCAACCGCGGCUGCCGUAGGAGGCCAAGGUGGAACCGCUACGGCCAGAGGUCGUUUCCCCGGUCGGCCUUGGUCGUCACGCAGUCGUUUGCGCUCCGAGAAGCGGUGGCAACUCGGACGAUCAGGCUUAGAAGCUGAUGAUGUGAGUAACGGAGGGCCAAGGCCCGCAAACAUGGUCCUCUCGUUAAACGAUGACCAGUCUCACUUGCGCUUGCUCGGGAUAGAGGCGAGCCACCAGGUCCUUGGCCAGGCUGGGUACAGCUCUAGUGGGAGUGAAGAGGUGAGGUCCCAAACCGAGCCAGGAGGAGAUGACUUCAGAGGAUUUGAAGCUGAUAGAAAAGGUCCCAAAGGGCCUGCAUGGUCUCGACAAAACCCUUCCAAAGGUGAUGCUGUCAACACAAAAACUAAACGACAAAGUGAGAAGCUGCCACUUAAAAUGCCAGCAGUGGAGGCCGCUCUAACCCCACCUGAUCCUGUAAAAGAAAUAAAAUCACUGGAGGAAGUUCCCGUCUUAUCUCCCGAGGCAAAGCCUGCAAAGGAUUGCAGGAAAGGUUCGAAAGGAAAAAACACCUUGGAUCAACAGUCCACUAAAAGCGGAGCCUCAUCAGCAGCACCAAGGAUUACUAUAAAAUUGGUGGCCAAAAAGAAAAUGAAAACUGUAAAGGAACCUGCUUCACAGAAAAAAUCUGUGAAGAAGCUGAAGAUAAAAGGAAUUCAGGAUCAGUCUAAAACCAAGGACAUUCAGGGCGACCAGAUUUCAAGUGCUCAUGUCAAAUUAAAAACUGAACCACUUGAGGAUAAACCUGUCACCGAGGAUCAGGGAGAGGAGACUGUACCUGCAAGAAGGCGCGGGAGAUCUGCCUCAAAGACAACAGAGCCUGUCAGCCAGACCAGCGCCAAAGUUGUGAGUGAUGACCAAAAAUCGAAAGAGGGAAACGUAGUUGGUCGACUUGUCACUGCAAUGGAGAGUCGGACUAAAGAGCCAAAAACAAAUGCAAAGAAAUUAAAGCAGAAAGAAAUUGCAACAGAACAGAGUUCUGAAGUUAAUCAACUAGGAGUUCGCAGGAGCCACCGAGUCACUAACCCCCUCUCUACAAGUGCAGCUGAACCAGAGAAUCUGAGCAAAAGUGAUGACAUUCUGGUGGAGUCAAAAACAGAAGUUUCUAAAACCGCGGAGGCCAAACCAUCUUCGAGAGGUGACAGACGAAGGCAAAGCAAGAGGCUUAAUAAGGAUGUAACAGUGCCAGAAAGCCAUGAUCCAUCAUCCACAGAGACUGAUAAUUCAGCUGCACAGCUCAGUGGCAGUUUGUCUCUGAAAAAAGAGGACAUGAGAGUCCCAAGUUUAAAACUGAAAAAGAUCAGAAACCCAAAAUUUGAUGCACAGGCCAGUGGGAAGAAUUCGACUCGAAAGAAAAAACGCAAAAAAUUUGUCUGGACUUUAACAUUAGUGAAGGGAGGAGGUCAGACACGAGGGACUGAAAACACUGACAAAGCUCCGGAGAAGAAUGUGAGGGAAGUGGAUCAGUCCACUUUUUGUGACACAAGUGUCAACAAGACUUUGAAUGGAAUGGAUAAAAAAUCUAAACCGGACAACUCGGCCCCACAAGAGAGUAAAAGCAUGGACAGCGAGUGUUCUCCAAGAAAAGCCGGCAUAUCAUCCGAGGAAAAGUCCACUUUGCAUGUGGAAGUUGAAGUGGAACAGGUACCUGGAGUUCCUCCUGCAGAAAUAAAUAAGACGGAUUGCGGGAAAAUUGUCCCACCUCUUCAGAUCAAAAAGGUAUCCUCUCCUGGUAAACAUAAAAGCUCAAAGCCAUCAUUUUUAAUUCAGCAAGUCAGUCCUGUGUCUGAAAAGAAUGAAGAUGUUCUCAAAGAUCCAAAUGAAGUCAGUGAGGAUAAGUCAUCGUGUCCGGAUACGGUCGUCAACCCAACUAGGAGACUAAGGAGGAGGACGUCAAGCAUUGAUUCAACACAAACAAAGUCUGUCAGUCAUAAACCAGUGACCACUCCGAAACGAAGACUCAGAACGAUUCCACAGGAGGACGCAGCUCCGCUUGUGCACAUUGAAGAUUCUUCUCAGGUUUCAACUGAAGAUUCAGCUACAAAUGUUCUUCCUGAAAACUCUAGUCAGGUUUUGGCUGAGGAGCCCCCGAAGGUGACGAUUGUAAACACCACGAAAGUUCCUGAAGAGGAUCCCCCAAAGAUUGCUGGUGAUCCCUCACAGCCACCAGUUGAAAUCUCUCAACAGACGGUAAAGAAUGAGGUCGAACCACAGAUUACAGAGGCCAAACCAUUGCCUGUGCCUUCCAAACCUAAAAGAAGUAGAAAUAAUAAAUUACGAAAAAAGAAGUCUGCCCAAACGAAGAAAGCUGUCAUCUCCCCUGAAAUCCCUGUCAACACAGAGUUGGCUACAGUUGAAGCUACUAUCACAGAGUCUGUGAUAGAAAAGGAGGAUACGUCUACUACACCUUUAGAACCAGAGGCAAGUCAGCCAGAAGCAAAGGAUUGCACCCAGUCAGAGGCAACACAGAUCUCUGUGUCAGUGGAAGAAGAGCUUAUACAGUCACCGGUUAAAGAGGAAACAGAAAUUCAGUUGAUAGAUAAUCAACAUUCUUUGGUGUCCGAAAGCCAACCAUCAUUAGUGUCCGAAAGUCAUGCACGUGACGCAAAAUCACUGCGCCUAAAAAAGAGAUCUCUCAAAAAAGCAAAAAAGAGACGAAAAAUUUUGAUUGGGCAACGUCAGAAACACAGGCACAGAAGCAGAGACGGGAAGUUUGCUCCACUUAAAUUAUCCGACGGUCAGAAAACAGUUGAAGAGGAUGGUGACAUUUCCACCCCAUUGGCAGCUACCACACCAGCCCUGAGCGCCAGACUGAUCGGAGUGCAUAAAAAAUACAAAAAGACACAGUCGGGCCUAAAGUUUUUCGGGUCUAAAAGGCCAGAACCACAAUCUAAAAUAAUUUCUAAGCUGCUAGAAAUUGGAUUUGAAAAAGAUGAUUUAAAGCAAGAAGAAACAGACACGUUAGUUGAUGGGGGGCAGGCAGAUGUUGUCGAUACCCAGCCUGGCAAAUCAAAGUUUGUAAAAAACAUCAAGCACUUCAUUAUGCCUGUCGUAAGUGCUAGAUCCUCUCGAGUCAUAAAGACCCCGCAAAGGUUUAUGGAUGACGCUGGAAUGUCUGUAUUGCCUCGAAGAAACUCUCCAAAGAAGGGUCUACAAUUGGGUUUGCAAAUACGUCCUGGAAAGAGGCGAGACGAUGGGACGGACAGAGCAAUAUCCCCUAUCCUGCCGGUCGAAGAUGAGGACCUAUUGAGUGAAGCGCAACUGGAUGUCGAUCUGUUUUCAGCUCAGGAUCUAGAUGACAACCUUGAUUUGGCUGACAGCCUGUUCUCUGAGAGAAAAAGCAGCAAAAGUGAAAAGAGGAGGUCUUUUAUGAAGAACUCCAGCUUCAAGUGGAAUAUGUCAGAGGAGUCUAGCGAGGAAAUGUAUACACUGGAAAAAUCUCCAGAGAACAAAUGUGAGGAUCUGUUCUUAUCAGCACCAGUUGAUAAGCCCACAGAACUGUCCACUGACCUCCUGGAUCCUCAGAAAAAGAAAAGCUCCCUAAAGUUUAAUAAACAAACGGCUCAACUCAAGAUUUAUCAAAGGCUGAAGAAGAUGCACUCGGUUCUUCCCAAAAGCAAAAAUACAACCGAGAUGGACAGCGUGAGUAAACCUCUUCCGCCCCCUGUGGAUUUAGCAGAAGGACUGGAUGAUGAGGCCAUGAGCAUCAGCCUCAGGCAGCGGAAUACAAACGUUGAAAAGUCCAAGCUCAAGAUUGAAGACCUUGAUAGUCCGGGAGUAGUAAGGAAAGUUUCUGUGUGUGUUCGGACCACAAACUCCAAGACGCUUGUAUUUCAGCACAGUAAAGAGAAGAGUUUAGUGGCGAAAGACAUCACCCAACGUCACUCAGGAGAGCUGCAUUCAGAGAAGACCUCAGGCACAGGUCAGAGCGAUUACCCCGGGACUGUGGAGAGGGGAACGUCACAAAGAGCGCGCCUCGCUGGUGCAAAUAAAAGAAUGUUCAAUCUCCUCAGGAAAGCGAAGGUCCAGCUCAUUAAGAUUGACCAGCAGAAACAGCUGAAGUCGUCUGGGCUGUUAUCUGGGCCGAGUGGUGCCAGGUCUCGAGAUGUGAACUCUAAGAGAUACAAGAGGAAGCAGAGGGGGCAGCCUCAUGCUGUUGUUCCAGUAAAGACAGAGUCGCCCCAAGGACAACCUCAGCUCAUCUCCCCGCUGUGCCAGGAGUUUCGUAGAGCAGGGGGCCCACGAAUCAAGCAUGUGUGUCGUGCAGCAUCUGUGGUGCUGGGGCAGCCUCGAGCUUUGGUCCCAGAUGACAUUCCCAGACUGAGCGCUCUACCUCUGCAUGAAAGAAGUGGCAUUUCCCCAUCUGCCAUCACUAAAGAUGUCGGGUCUCCCUCAGAGUCGGACAGUCCUGGACUCUCAGAUCCAAAGGUCACCAAAGUCAAGAAACCGUCGAGUUUCGCGAAACGGAAAGGACUCGGGCCGUUUGGGUACCGCUCUCGGAGGUGCGGCGUAUGCAAAGGCUGCAACCACGAGGACGACUGUGGCGACUGCAUAAACUGCCUCGACAAACCUAAGUUUGGUGGUCCCAAUACAAAACGGCAGUGUUGCGUGUAUAAAAGAUGUGAUCAAAUUGAAGAGAGGAAAGCACGCAGACUGAGUGGAAGGACAGCACCCAAAGGUGCCUCCAAGCGACAGCGAUCUUCACUUAGCGGGGGUCAUUCAAGUAAUGACGAAGGAAACGAGGGCGCCGCGGACUCACCAUCUGGUCUCCAGGGUGACGACCACAGUCCGUCAGUAAGGAAACAGCCGAAGCGUGUCGUGAAACCCCGUGUCUACUUCGACCUGGUGGACUACGAGUCAGAUCUAGACGAAAAAGCUCUCUCAAGCUCUGCGUCGCCAGCCAGGAGAAGAGGAACUGGAUACCGUUUCAAUCAAGACUUCGUGUCACUGGAUGGUUUCCUGGGAGAUAUUUCCGAUGAGGAAGUCAGGCAUCGGAAGUCCACUUCACACCGUGUACAACCUGGGAAGCGUAAACCUGAGAAGACAUCUCAGGUUCCAUUUGAGCAGACUCCCCCCAGUGUGCUGGCAGCUUUGGCCCAUGGGUUUGAACAGAGAGACGUUGAGUCAUCUAAACCUACUCACAAAAUCAGGGUUGAUUUCAAGGAGGACUGUACUUUGGAGAACGUGUGGAAAAUGGGUGGUUUGAGUAUACUGACAUCUGCGCCUCUCAUGCCGCCCUAUGUCUGCUUACUUUGUGCCAGUAAAGGGCAACAUGAGAUGCUGUAUUGCAGAGUAUGUUGUGAGCCCUUCCAUCAGUUUUGCCUUGAACCAGCAGAGCGCCCUUCAGAGGACAACAAAGAAAACUGGUGCUGUCGUCGCUGCAAGUUCUGCCACGUGUGCGGCAGGAAAACCAAUCACUCAAAGCCUUUGUUGGAGUGUGAACGAUGCCAGAACUGUUAUCAUGCCUCCUGUCUGGGACCCAACUAUCCAAAACAAAACAAGAAGAGGAAAGCUUGGGUUUGUAUCACAUGCAUCAGGUGUAAAAGUUGUGGCGUCACACCGGGUAAGAGUUGGGAAGCUGACUGGAACCAUGACAAAGGCCUCUGUCCAGACUGUUCAAAACUGUCUGACCAGGGUAACUACUGUCCAAUCUGCUUCAAGUGCUAUGAGGACAAUGACUACGACAGUCAGAUGAUGCAGUGUGGCACCUGUAACCACUGGGUACAUGCCAAGUGCGAGGAUCUAACAGAUGAGCUGUACGAGAUCCUGUCCAGCCUUCCAGAGAGUGUAGUGUAUUCAUGUCGGCCGUGCAGUGUAACCCAGCCCAGUGCCUGGAGAGAGCUGCUUUACAUCGAGCUCAGGGCUGGGGUGGAGAAGGUGCUAGCGUGCCUGCUGUCCUCCACCCUCACUCAGCACCUUGUUACCUGCUCACAGUGUGUAAAGUUGGUCGAUUCUGACAGCAGACUAGAAGGACAGCCGGCCUGUGACCUCCGAGCUGUCGGCAAGAAAUUUGAUAAGGGCCUUUAUACUACGUUGAAAAUGUUCCAUGAAGAUGUUGUUCAGGUGGUUCGAAAGAGGCUUGAGCAAGAAGAGGAUCUUCCAGAGGAGCAGAGACCCACUGCCCUGGCACGCUCUUACUACCUAAAGCUCCUAGAGGAGGUGUUUAAUUGGUUCAACAGCCAAGACCCAAAGGUGUGGAGCUCUUGUACCAAAGACAUGCCUAUGGGGAUGCUGUCCCAGGCUGUUCAUCCUCCAACAACAGAGCACGUUUAUGCUCAGUGGCAGGAGCGGGAGGAGCUCAUGUCGAGGGCCCCACUGCGGCUCCUGCAGGAGGACAAUGAAGAGACGUUAGACGUCAAGGAGGAAGAAGCAGUUUCUCCGAUGUCUGGGGAGCUAACAAGCCGGAACCACUUCAAAACCAGCAGGGCUGUCAGGCUCAAAUUGAAAGGGAAAAGAGGCCGGCUUUCUAAAGCAGAUCUCGACACUGGAUGGUCUAAGGAUGAUGAGAGACAGUGCUCGUUGUGCCAAAAAUAUGGAGACCUCAAACCUAAUGAUGCGGGCAGGUUGCUGUACUUGGGCCAAAAUGAAUGGGCACACGUCAACUGCUCUCUGUGGUCAGCUGAGGUGUUUGAAGAGGACAACGGCUCUCUAUUACACGUACACAGUGCUGUCACAAGAGGGCGCUUGAUGCGAUGUGAACGCUGCAACCAGACGGGUGCCACAGUGGGCUGCUGCCUGACAUCUUGUCAAAGCAACUAUCACUUCAUGUGCGCCCGUUCCCGUCACUGUGUUUUCCAGGAUGACAAAAAGGUCUACUGCUACAAACACCGACAUCUCAUCAGUGGCAGGAUGAGAACUGGUCAAGAGUUUGAGGUAAACCGCAGGGUGUAUGUGGAUUUCGAGGGGAUCAGCCCCCGCAGAAAGUUCUUGACAGGACUGGAACCAGAGCUGAUCCAAGUCAUGAUUGGUUCCUUACAGAUAGACAAACUGGGUGUGCUGUCAGAACUUUCAGCUUUCAAAGGAAAACUGUGUCCGGUGGGGUUUCAGUGUUCUCGGUGGUACUGGAGUACAGUUAAUCCAUUGCGCCGGUGCAAAUACACAUGUACAGUCCGGGAGGUGCGGCCCGUUGUCCCCGAGAAGCCUGUUGAGGAGAUGCCCGACCGAGGAGACAAUCACACCAUCGCUCACGGCCCCUUUCCACUACCUGAAUCUGAAGUGCAAGAGGCUCAAAUGACAGACUCCCAACCCCCAACGGAGGACAGCUUUGUCCAGGCACCUCCCCCUAAGUCAGAUCACAGUGCAAGGCCAAAGAUUCCCAGCUAUCCCCAAACCAGGAGACCUGCUGGAGGAAUGUCUCGACCUCUGCCAUCUCCAGGUUUAGGCAAGUUAAAACCCCACCACAUAUUAACCAUAAGUGAUCUGGAGGAGACUCGACGGGUUCGUCACCACAGCCCACAUUCACACACAACAGGCCCCCGCGGUCGCAUGUCCCCCCCGCCUCUCGGCCCUCUGACUGGACCGAUCACCCUCCGUGCUGGAAAAUCUUCCCAUCCCACUUCCCCACUGUUCCCACUUGCUACAGACAACCAGAUAAGUUCUCCAUCGUCCCGCCCAGUCGGAGGUAGAAGUGCUUCCUCAGUCCGAUGCCCUGGAAAUACAAUGACACACGGUACCUCAUCUUUCUUCCCUCAGUCUCCCUGGCAGGACGGUACGGGAAACUUUCCUUCUCCAAGUCUGUCUUUCGCUCGAACUCGAUUAACAUUUGAUCUGAACCAGCCAGACUCAGUCGAGGUGCCGCACAACUUCUUAGCUUCACCAGAGCCCGAAGAUGUCUCUCCAGCCAAUGGUACUUCACCCCAGGGAGACUUGGACCGACAGAAGGAUGUAGAAGAAUUUCCCUACAGUUCAUUCCACAAGGAUCCCAGCUUGAGUCUUGGCCAAGAGAUGAGGACAGAACUGGAGAUUGAAGAGACGCUCCUGAAUGAAGGUGUAGCUAUGAACUGUGGGGGGCAGAUAGUAGUGGAAGGUGAUGAUCAGGAAGAAUUUUGGGGCAGAGCUCAGGACGUACACAAGAGGAAGACGCUUGUUGCCAACUUACCACGGUCUGCAGCUUCAGCCAGGGACGACUUGGGAAGCACCUCCUCUGAUGAGGAUGAUAUGGAUCAUUAUUUUGACUUCUCUCGGACAAUAGUCAGUCGUCCUGGAUCAAAAGAUCUUUCCAAGUCUCCCUCCUCCCCGUCCUCCCGGCCUAUGGCUCAGCUUGACGGUGUUGAUGACGGCACAGAGAGCGACGCGAGCAUAGUGACCAACAAUGAUGUUCAGAAAGUUGAUGGUCCUACCCGAACUCGGAUUCAAGCCAAAAACCUGAAUAAGAAAAACGUCCCUGAAUUGGAAUCUGCAAACGGCACAGAGGAUGUUCAGAGUCUGUCUCCCAAAGCAUCGUCCAAUGAUAAGCACACAGAUUCUUCAUCAGUUACCAUUUCAGUUGUCAGCAAAAGUCCUUCACAUGGUUCAAAUCAAGAUGCACCUAAAUCAUACGAUGCUACUCCGUCAAAUGACGACAACAAGGGACUUGUUUCUCCACAAAUUUCCACAAGCUCUCCACUCAAAGAGCAAAGCUCUUACACUGAGACUGUGCUUCCUACUCCAGUUCAUGAUGCUAACUUGCUCACAACGGUGCCUGAGACCUCAUGUUCAGUGGGGGAAUUCCAGGGUUCCAUUCUAGGGUUUGCUCCUGAAAUGCCUCUUGUUCUUGAGAGCUGUAACACCAGUCCACAUUUAACUGAGAUGGUUCCUUUGCUGGAGGGCGCGCCGCUCGAGACACAACAGUCUGAAGCUUCUAAACCCCAGAACUCAAAGCCUGACCGCUUUGUAUCAUCAGCGGAGGCGUCUGCUGUGUUAAUGAACCACUUGACAGCCAAUACAAUGGAGCCAUCUCUCGCUGAUGCUUCUGAUAGUAGUCAGCGCAUCUUGUUGGAACUUCUUCAGCCACCUUCAAUGUCUACAGAUACACAAAACCCCUCUCAAGGCCUUGUAGACCCCUUGCAGAUGUAUUCCUGCUUACCAGGUUUACCAAGUAUUACACUUCAGCCUGUAACAUCCUCACAAGAGUCUGCAGCCUCCAUAGAGCCUCUGUCUACUAAACUAACCACGCUUACUACUGUUGGAGACUUGACACAAACACUGCUUAGUGUUGCUCCACAAAUCGAUCCCAUGCUGUCAGCGACCUCAGGCGCUCGACCCCCAGCAGGAACGUGUGGAACUGUCUCUCUACCCAUCUACUCCACACAAGCGCAGGCACUGGGUUCUACGGCUGUCACCAUCGUUUCUUCCACUGCGUCAAUACCAUCUCUGUCUGUGCUGACGACACAGUGUUCAGCUGCUCCAACCACUAUCCAAACCACCUCAGCCCCUGUGAUCCUCAAUGGUUACAGCUCCACAUCGGUGCAGAAAGACCCCCCAUCUGGCCACACAAUCUCCAUCAACUUUUCCACUCCCAGGAUGGCUUUAGAACCUCAACAGCCAGUGUUGUCCCAGGCAUUACCUGGUCAUGCCAUUCUUACUGUGAAAGAGGUGGGGGGUCCUAACGUGGAUCCCACACCACACGUCCUGCUGGUGAACCGCCUCGGGCAGAUCUUUGUGAAGAAUCCAGAAAGCAACACUUUUCAGCUUCCCACCCCCAACUCCCCCUCCUAUAACUGCGUCACUCAGAUCGCAAGUCUUUUGCAAAGCAACGCGCUGUCAGCCACACUAGCAGCAGCUGGCAACAUGACACCACCACCCCCCAGGGUCAACGUGGCAGCCGCAGUGCCUCCGUCAGUCACACCUGCAGUUCAGAAUCCAACCACAAUUACACAGCUGCUCACUCACAACAGCAACGGUGCGGUGGCAUCAGUUAAUGUGAAGAAGUCAAGGAAGGGUACAAAAACUUCAAAAGAUGAAACUGUAACACAUUUGAAAAAACCAAAGAAGAAGAAGGAGUCCAGUGCAUCCAAAAAGUCAUCAAAGGCCACGGUACAGCCCGAACCGUCGGCUGAGGAUCCUCCCACGGCCCCAUCUGAAAGUGCCCAAGCAAUUAUCAACCAAGCAAUGGCGAGUAACUACACCCCCAAGUGGAGUGGGCUUCGAACACUCAGCCCCUCCUCACUGGUUUUGCCACCUGGCCUAUUGAUUGAGCCAGAGCUUCCCGUGUCUCCUCGGUCUCCAUCGCCACCGGCAGCUCCUGCACCACGACCUCGCACCCACGUCCGCAUGAAAAGAGUGUCCUCGCUUUCGGACCGCAUUGUCACAAAGAAAUCCAAAGUUGACUUCCUGCCACCAGAACCCAUCAGCGAGGACAAGGAGCGGCCCAGACCCAUCUUUCCCAGCAUCUCCAGCAGGGCCUCAGGAGUCCGCAUCAAGACACCAACAGUGAAAGGAGUGCUGAACCUGGACGAGCUAAAGGAGGAGCGAAUCAGCGAUUCCGAAAGCACAGGGUCUGAGCCUUGGGAUUACAUGUCUUGGGGUGAACAAGGCAAGCCGCAUGCUUGGGAACCAGUUGGACACAGCAACUUGACUGACUGGAAGAAAUACUCUGGUGCUGCUUCUACCUCAGACGACGAACCACCGCCGUCUGAAAAGGAUGAGGAAUGUCCAACUAACAGAGACCAGCCGUACUUACAAUUUGAGAUCCGCAGCGAUGAUGGGUUCAGUGUAGAGGCGGACAGUAUCGAGGUGGCUUGGAAAGCUGUGAUAGACGGGGUGCAGGAGGCACGAGCGCUGGCGAGGCUGAGACCUCUCACCUUUCAGAGGAUCACCGGUGCUCGUAUGCUGGGUUUGGUCCACGAUGCAGUGGUGUUCUUGCUGGAGCAACUUCAAGGAGCUCACCGAUGUCAACCCCACGCCUUCCGUUUCUUCAAACUGUUCAGCCAAGAGGAUGAUCUGCCGGUCAAUCCCAGUGGCUGUGCUCGCUCUGAGCUCUAUCUUAGGAAGUCCACGUUUGAUAUUUUUAACUUCCUGGCUUCUCAGCAUAGGCAGCUUCCUGACAAUGGGCCUUAUGAUGAUGAGGAAGAUGAGGUUCUGUUGAAGUCCACAAGACGAGCUACUAGUUUGGAGUUGCCCAUGGCGAUGCGCUUCAGACACUUAGAACGAACAUCCAAGGAGGCUGUUGGCGUCUACAGGUCUGCCAUCCAUGGCCGAGGUCUUUUCUGCAAGAGGAACAUCGAAGCAGGGGAGAUGGUUAUUGAAUACGCAGGCAUCGUCAUUCGCUCAGUGCUCACUGACAAAAGGGAGAAGUACUAUGAUGGCAAGGGUAUCGGCUGUUACAUGUUCCGCAUUGAUGACUUUGAUGUGGUGGAUGCGACCAUGCAUGGCAACGCAGCGAGGUUCAUCAACCACUCCUGCGAACCUAACUGCUACUCCAGAGUGAUCAACGUGGAGGGCCGGAAGCACAUUGUCAUCUUCGCUCUGAGGAAGAUCUACAGGGGGGAGGAGCUCACAUAUGACUACAAGUUCCCCAUUGAAGACGCCAGCAACAAACUCAACUGCAACUGUGGAGCGCGGCGAUGUCGGCGGUUCCUCAAUUGAGCGACCCCUCGAAUGAGACGGGGGAGGAUCCCGUUCGCUAGUAAGCCUUAAUGUCUGAUGGCACUGGAUUGGAUUUUGGGAGGACGUGGGCAGUCGACAUAGCAGGUGAAUUAGCCACUAUGAGUCCAGGGAGUAACACUGGGCUAGUUAGAUGUGAUAUGUGGACAUUUUAUCGGUUGGACAAUAAGAGGAAGAGAGCGCCAAUUCAUAGGUUCUUGAAAAGUUUGUGUUCGCAAGGUUCUUCUGUGUUCCUAUGUCCCCAAAGCAGUUAGUUUAGCGGAGGGAGGACAACAAGUUAGGCUCCUGGAUCUGUCUGGACGACACCAACAGAAUUUUUUUGAUACACACGUCAAGCCUUAUCUGUUUGAUUCAUUGUUGAAAACCCGUAGUUAAGAUUUGAGGGAUACCUUAUAUGUUUUAUUCAUUUCUGGGUGGGGGGUGUCUGUUUGUAUGACACUUUUGAUCAUGAUUGCUCCAUCGUCCAGUGAUGGGAUCGUUUUAAAGCCCCAUUCGUGCAGUGGUGAAGUCAGUUCCCGAGCCAUACAUUCACCCGUACCUUUAUUUGUGCAUUUUUAUCAAACAUUUAACACUUCUCACGUUGUUGAUAGAUUUUUUUUUUUUUCCUUUUAGACUCAGACUUUUUUCAUAAAUAAACAAACAUGGUGCUAAGCUUUGACAGGUCGUCAGUUGAACUAAGCUGUCCUGUGAAUCGGGAAUCGUUUAGCUGUUUAUUCACCCUGCUGAGAUCAUGUAUCUUAAAUUUAUGCACUCGAGCAGUACUCUUACCGUCAUUGGAGUAUAGUGUCUGCUAGGUUUCACACUUGGGGUCUGCUGUUUUUUCUUCUUUCUCUUUCUUCCUGUGCAGACUUGCAAUGUAGAUUAUUGCAGUUUCAGUCAGUAGUGUCAUAUUUAUAAGAAUGGAAGCAGGAAACCUUUUUUUCUGUUGAUGUACAGUGUAUGUAGCAAACACUACCCAAGCCAAAAGCGAAGAGUUGUGGUGAAUAUCAGUUUUUAGAUAUAUAUAUAUAUAUAUUUUAUUACUCUUAUGGCAGAUGCUCAUUACAUAUUGCAAUAAGACUUUGCUGCCCUGUAGUUGCGCAUUAAAAAAACCCAUAAAAACAUACACAUCCUUUUCAUCUUUGUGAAACUUGCGAGAGUUUUAUCUCUUGAUCAGGGAGGGCACUGGCGUAAAGCAUCGCUUCUGAGUGUGUGCACUCAGCUCCUGCACCAGGCUUGUUAAAAACAGGGUGCACAGACUUUACAGAUGUCGCAGUUGCAAAAAAAACAAGAAAAAAGUCUGAAGUAGGGCUGAUAGAACACACUCAGCACCUUUUUGAUAAUUGUUUAACAUUGUUCUUAGUCCAUGUUCAGUGCUGUCAUUGACGAGGCUAAUUGAAAUCACACACUGUUCAAAUUGUAUAUUUAUUCAUGUUUUUGAUUUUGAUUUUUAAUGGUUAAAGGUUGUGCUUUGUAUAAACGGUGGUGGUCUUGUGUAUUAGGAGAUCUCCCCCAUCUGUAUCUUUUUUUUUUUUUUUUUUUUUUCUUGUUUACAAAUGAUGUCCUUGGUUUCACUAAUUUACUUGAAUUUUCAUUUGGGGCAGUUAUGUCGUGCAUUUAAGCCUUUAUGACAAAUUGUUCUAAAGCAGGUAUUUUUAAAGAAUCAUUUUUAUUUUUAUUUUAUUUUUUCUGUUAUGGUAGAUUACUGUCGGUCUUAGAAUCAGACACAGGAGUAAAUUGAGCACUGUUUGCCUUUCCAAGCCCAUAAUCAUCGCUUUUUUUUCACGCCGUUCUCUCCAGACAAACUGGAGCAAAUUUUCAUAAUGUUUUGGACGUAAUCUUUAUCCCAUUUCCUUCUUGCAUGUCCAAUCACUGGGAUGGAGCCCAGAUUAACAUGUGUCAAUCACCCACCUGACAACGAGAGCAGUCACUCCCAACUCCUUGCAAGGAUUCUACCUCAGCUGUUUAGACAGAUGUCUGGGAAUACUGAUGCAAAAAAGAGAGGAUGAUAAUUUAAGAGUUGCUUGGUUUUAAUUUCCUGCAGAGUGUGUGUUUGUGUGUGUGCACGCGCGUCUGUCUGUGUAUUAUGUGCGUGCAUGUGUGUGGGUAUGUGCGUGCACCUGAAAUGAAGGAUGCAAAGCACUAGUCAAAAACCUUAAGUUAUCAUGACCAUCUCUCCCAGAAUCUGUUAAGAAAGCUGUAUGUUAUAUAUACACACAUAUAUAUAAAUAAAUAUAUAUAUAUAUAUAUAUAUAUAAAUAUAUAUAUAUAGUAGGGUUAUUUUAAAGUAAGUGUAAAAGACUUAAAAAUGAGAAGAUAUGUGAUCUUUAAAUUUACGUCUUUGUUACCAUGUACAAAUAAACCCUGAGUUUGUAAAUAUUUGUAUACAUAUUUCUAAACCGGUUUAAUUUUUCUAUGCACUUUUUUUUAUUUAUAAUGUCAUUUGCCUAAUAAAGAUGUUAAGAUGUUUGAA